AUGGUGACAUGGAUGAAGCUCCUGCUGUCGCUCUCCGGUUUCGUCGCUGUACUACAACCCACCGCUUCUUCAGAGUCUACGCUGCUCCCCACUGCUGGAUCCGGAGUUCUUGUCAAUGCAAUUGACAAGGUAAAGUCGACUUACAGAAACUGGGUUGGUCCUACCAUCGGUCAGCCAGAUCGUGGAGAUUGGGCUUGCUACCGCAGAGCUCACAUCAUGGACAAAUGUCCAGUUGGUUUCAGCUACAAGUGGAAAAUGUGUUGGACGCAGUGUCCACUCCAGUAUCCUGUCCAGUGUGGUAUGGAAUGUAUUCGUCAGAACGACGACUGCGGCAUCGAAGUCUAUGCGAAAACCGUUAAUGUAGUGCAGACAGCGAUCUCUCUGGCGACAAUGGGAUUGUUUGGGCAACUCACUACAGUCGCUAAGGGCAUAGUUGACGGCGCCAAGUGCCUCCGAGCCAUGAUCGGCAACAUUAAGAUGCUCAAUAGCUACAUUCGCGGGCUUAAAGUGUACGACCCGCAGAUCCCCUUUGACAAAGUCAUGGCUUUGUUGUAUCACACAAGUUACUUUACCAUCGACUUCCCUGUCGCUAUCGCCAUGUGUCUGGGUCACUCGUAUCCAGAAGCUCUCGACCCUGCAAGCUGGAUGGUAGAUACUAUGCAGCUGAUGCUCGGAGAAAUCCUCGAUCAUGGAGAUAGUAUCAUCCGAGGCUGGGACCGCUUCAAGGCUUUCCUACACCGUGUUAACUUCACGCAGCCAUUAUCGGAACUAAACGAGACUGACAUCUCGUCUCUUAGGACUGGGUUGGACUCCAACUCAACGUGUGGACAUGAGCUCAAGCGACUGACAGACAGGACGUGGAUGACUGUGGCUCAAAUGAAGAGAAAGAAUCCUGGGAUUACGCAGGAUGAACUUCGUAUUGCAAUGUACGAGUCGGACCUCAUGCUUCGAGAUAUCCCGAUAGUCACUAACAACUGUAUGGAGCAAAUGAUCUCCGAGUCCUCGGAAGAUACAGCAUACCAGACCCGAGAUACGCUACGCAAAACACUAGGAGUAAUCGUGGAUGACCUUAUUAACAAAGGCAGGAGCGACAACGGCACGUCGUUGACAGCGAAAGAGUAUACACGUGUCGUAGCGGAUAAACUGGCGAUGACGAUCUUCGUGGUCUCUCUCUUCGACGAGACCGGCAUCGUCGGCAUAGUCACUGAGUAUAUCCAACCCAUUUGUGGGCCUACUCAGUUUAUCGGAGAGAUUGACGAUGGCGACGAUCCUUACACACUUGGACUCAAUAUGGUGAGGAAUGCUUUCCAGGGCAGCAAGUUGUCUUGGAGGAGAAAAGGCGACGGGGUUGUGACUAUUAUGUUUGAGAGCAUAGACACAAAGCCUGUCACGGUGAAUAUUUACUCCGGAGGCCGCAAGAUCGAUGAGAAGGAUGUCCCAGCAGGAGGGAAUGCAACUUGGAAGUCGAAUGUGACGACUUUAGGCGGUGGUGGGUCGUUGAAGCUUUGGGUACCACGAGCGUAUGAAGGAGGCCAUUUGGAUCUUUCCGUGAAAAUCAACGUUAGUUAG